AUGACCAGCCAAUUGCACAGGCUGAUCUCCAGGGAGAGGGACCAGCUGCUGCCAAACCCGAAGGCUGGGGCCUGGACUGAACUGGAAGGUUGUGAUGCCGUCUUCAAGCAUUGUACCUCCAAGCUUUAAAAGUAGGGUUUUGGGGUUCAUGACAGGGUGACCCUGCAGGUGGAGAAGCUGGACCACCAUCAGGAUCACAAGGUCCACAUCACCCUGAGCACCCAUGAGUGUGCGGGCCUCUCAGAGCGAGCCAUGAACAGGGUCAGCUUCCGUGAACAAGGAGCAGUGACCAUGACAUAG